AUUUUGUUCAUUUUCAUUUCAAAAGAAAAUUAAAGCGAAGCGGAAGCAAUGGCGGAAGAAGAAGAUUCGGUGACAAUGACAGAAGAAGUUCCGCCAUCUACCGAAACCCAAGGAGCAACUCGAGCCUCAGUUGAAGCUACCAUACAAUCUUUGUUCGAGGGAGGUAUAGACUCAAUUGGCAACGAGGAGGACGGUGAAACUUCUGGUGUGCCUGAUGAUGGAGAUCAAGAAGAGAAGCUGAAGUUCUCCAACGACUUAAUAGUGAGAGGAACCAAAGCUUUGGAAGCAAAAGACUUCUGCGAAGCUGCUGAGUGUUUUAGCCGUGCUUUAGAAAUCAGGGUUGCACUGUAUGGUGAACUUGCACCAGAGUGUCUGAAUGCUUACUAUCAAUAUGGACGUGCAUUGCUGUACAGAGCCCAAGAGGAGGCAGAUCCAUUGGUUUCAGUGCCUAGAAAGGAGGAUGAAUAUGAACAAGGUUCUGAUAAAGAGGGAUCUGUUAAGAAUGUUGUGAAUGGAGAAUCUUCCACAGCUUCUGCUUCAACUAUUACUCAGCUGGAUGGGAGUUCAAACAAACUGGAUGUAACAGAAAAUGACGUUUCUGGUGGGAAAGGCAAGGAAGAUGAUGAAGAGGGUAGUGAUCAAGAGGACAUGGCUGAAGCAGAUGAAGAUGAAUCUGACCUGGAUUUGGCAUGGAAAACGCUAGAUGUUGCAAGGGCAAUUGCUGAAAAACACCUUGGUGACACUUUGGAGAAAGUCGACAUAUUAUCAACACUGGCUGAAGUGUCAUUGGAAAGAGAGGACUUUGAAACCUCGCUUAGUGACUAUCACAAUGCAUUAUCCGUUUUAGUUAAGCUGGUUGAGCCUGACAGUCGACACAUUGCUGAACUAAAUUUCCGCAUAUGCUUAUGUUUGGAGAUUGGCUCCAAGCCUCAGGAAGCAGUUCCAUAUUGCGAGGAAGCUAUAUCAGUUUGCAAGUCAAGAGUACAGCGGCUUAUGAAUGAAUAUAGGAGUCUCUCACAGGCAGCCUCUUCGGCGGCUUCUUCUGAGCAGUCCUCCAAUGAGCCCCAAAAUGAUAAAAUGCUGGUAGAUAUGAAAGCAGAGAUUGAGACACUUUUGGGACUCUUAGGAGACCUAGAAAAGAAGCGUGAAGAUUUGCAACUGCUGGUCACGAACCCAAAGUCACUUCUCGCAGAAUUGCUGGCAAUGGCGUCUGCCAAGGGAAAAGGCAAUGAGAAGGGUGCAUCUGCAUCUGUUAUGAGCUCUUCGCAGAUGGGUACUGCUAACAGCAGCGGUGAAUUUGAUUCUCCAACUGCUUCCACUGCUCACACAAAUGGGGCUGCCGGUUCUGGUGUGACGCAUCUUGGGAUUGUAGGAAGAGGAGUGAAGCGAGUAUCAAUGAGCAGUGGGUCGGGAGAAUCAAGUGCCACAAAGAAAGCGACAUUUGAUCGUUCAUCUGACAGAGAUGAGGGUGAUAACAAUUGAUGGUAUUAUAUAGUUAAUUGGUCCACGGAAGUACUGAAUUGAAACAAGUAACUUUUGGUGGGUCAUUUGAAGCUAAUUAUUGAUGUGAUGGAUCCUUGGUAGUCUAGAAACACAAGUAUGCUAUCAUGUUUCUGUAGUAGUAGUAGUAUAGAAGUAUGGAAACGGUGAGUUGAAGAGGAUGAUGAUAUUGUGCUAAUAUUCUGUGUUAAAUUAUCACUGAUAACUUUA